AUGUCACAGUACAUCCCGUACGGUGGGUUCAACUGGGUCGAACCCAACUUGAAUGGAUUAGAUGAUUUAAACGAUAGCUCACCCAGAGGACGGGUGUAUGAGGUAGACGUGGUGUAUCCUGAAAGUUUGCACAAUCAACACAAUGACUUACCUUUCUUACCGCAAAGCAGUGUGCCAAGUGGUUCGAAGGUGCAAAAAUUGAUGGUGACAUUUGAGAAGAAGACAAAUUAUGUUAUACACUUUAGGAACUUACAGCAGGCUAUUAAAAACGGUCUUAUAGUUGAAAAAGUACAUAGAGUUAUUCAGUUCAAUCAGUCGGAUUGGUUGGCUGAGUACAUUAAUUUGAACACUGAAAUGAGGAAAAAGGCUCAGAAUGAUUUUGAGAAAGACUUUUUUAAACUUAUGAACAAUGCUAUUUUUGUCCAAGAGAAAGGAGAUGAAGAUGGAGUCGGUAUCAUAUGA